UUUUUAUUGGUGGAUAAAAUAUAAAGUGUUAGAAGUAAAGGUAUUAAGUUUAAAAUUUUACACGAGUUUAAUACAAACCCAUAAAGCGGAUAUAUCAUUCUACAUGUAAACUUUGUAUAAAAGCAUUAAUAAAACUCGGGUAUAAGGAAAAGUUAGCGAAGAAAGUGGACCUGUCAAAUACUUACUGGAAUGGAAGUUUCAGAGAAGAGAACUGUCUUGAAAGCCGAGCCACUGAAGUUACAAGACAAGUUAACUGAUGAUUGGAUACAACCUUUUGCCUGCAAUCAUGUGGUUGUUAAUAUCACAGCAGAUGCUGAAUCUAAGGAAAAACUAAACGAUAAAGCACAACACACGUCUUACUGUGUCAUGUGUGGAGAACUGGUUGCAGAAAAUCUGUCAGAAAAAGGACCAAACGUUACGGUUGAUGACAUCAGGCAAGAAACACGUAAGAAGAAAGGUCAUGAGACAAAGCCAAAUUAUGAUGAAAGUAAAGACAGAAGAAAAGUGUUUUCAAGUUCCAGAAGAAUGGGGUCAUCUUUGUCGUUUACAUCAACUUCGAACACUCGCGCUUGCUCUAUUCAUGGGCACAAAAAGUUAAAAUAUUUCUGUGAAGAUCACCAAGAAGUUUGUUGUAGCGUUUGUGUAAACGUUCUUCACCGCAAUUGCCAAAGAAUAAUGUUUAUAAAAGAUGAAAUACAUGGGGGAUGGAGUAGUCAUAUUUGUGAAGAAACUUUGACAGCUUUAGAUGCAAUGAGUAAAGGUUUUCGGCAUAUUUUAGAUUACAAUGAAAGUGCGAGACACAAACUAAAAAGUCAAGUUCUUGACUUUAGGAAAAGGAGAGACGAACUUCGUGCUCAUUUGUUACACAUUCUUGACGAGUUUGAAAAGAAAAGUGAAAAAAAGAUCAAGAAGUUUAUAAAGAUAUCUGAAGAAGAAAUUGAGACAACGCUAGAAAAUUGCAGAAAUGCGAUAAGGGAAACAGAAGCAAAUAGAGAAAUGCUGGAAAAUGUAGGAAAAACACGUUCAAUGGAAGAAACAUUUAUAGCAACACAGAAAGUUCUUCUGCAAAGAGAAAAGUACGGUCUUGCUCUUUCUGAAGCUAUAAAAAAGUCCAAAGAUAUUUGCAUUGAACUGAUUCCCGAAACAAACAUUGCAAGCAUAGAAGAUCUUAGAAAUGUAGGAAGUGUGCAAUUUAUAGCAGAAGCGGUGCAGUUUCCAGAACCUGUUAUCUCAUCGGUAUCAAAAAUUCCCAAAUCUGAACUUAGGUCACCAAGAACAACAAAAGAUGCUAGAAGUGAAUCUUCCAGCUCCCUUAAAAGUCCAGCAUCGUUCGUAGGAAAGUUCAAUGUACGUCUGCCAGAGGACAAAUAUGGUUGUGAGAACGUAGGGGCAACUUUCCUAACAGAUGGACGGGUUGCCAUAGUCGAUAUGAAAAAUAGUAAAUUAAAAGUAUUUGAUACAAAAUUUACCCAAGCAUGUACACUACAGUUGUCCUCGGAGCCGCGCGGAGUGACAGUUAUAAGCCCCCAAGAAGUGGCAGUGUCUCUUCCAGACGAAAGCAAGAUACAGUUCAUUUCUAUAGGGAAGAAGCUACAAGCAACAAAAUCUAUUCUAACGAACUUACCGUGCUAUGGAAUUACGUGCCACAGUCAAGCACUUGUCGUCUUAUGUGACGACGGGUUCUCGACAAAAGCGAUCGAAGUAAUCGAUUUAGACGGAAAGGUUUUAAAUACACUAAAGAUAAAUAAAUCUGGAAAAGUUCUACUCAAGAACCCUUGGAAUAUUACAAUGAGCGUAGACGGGCAGCAGAUAAGCGUGACAGACAAAGGUCGGCUGGUGAAUUUUGAUGUUAAAGGGAACAUUUUGUUUGAAUAUACCGACAAGUGCCUAGAAAACGCUAGAGGACUUGCUGUUGAUGAUUCUGGGCGAUUCUAUGUAUGUGGGACAAGUUCAAACAAUGUUCACCAAGUGUCAGCAGACGGUAAACAAAUCAGUAUUAUACUAACGGAGGAGGAUGUUACGGCUCCACAAGCAGUGUGUUAUCAACUAGGCAAAAGAUACUUCUUACUAACUUGUGUUGGAAACAAUAACGUUUAUAUGUACAAACUUGCAAAAUCAUAACCAGAUAAUUAUUUUUGGAUUGGUUUUUUAUAUUUGUAAAUUGGUAUAGUGCAUGAAGUUUGAACAGAUUUUUUUUCUGGUGAUUACAGUAGUUGAAAUAUAUUUUAACCAGAGAUUAAAGAGGAAAAGAGAGA